CAGACUCCCAAGCGGACCUACACCCUGGCGGAGCUGAGGUUGAACAAGAUUCAGCCCGAGGAAUUCCUGGCGCCCACCGACAGCACGCUGAGCGGCGUGCGCAACGUGGUGCAGGGCGGCUUCCUGGCGGGCCUCACAGCCGCCUACUUCACCCAGCUGCUGGACCUCACGCAGAUUGUGCAGGUUGUGGUGGCCACCGGCUUCCUGCUGACUGUUGACCAGGUGGCCAACGGGGGCGGCUUUGAGGCCCUGCUGGUCGACUCUGCCGGGCGGGUGGUGAAUGGCACAUACGGCCGCCGAGUGGCGCUGCAUGAAGCCGGCCACUUUCUGGUCGCCUAUCUGCUUGGGCUGCUGCCGCGGGGCUACACCCUCAGCUCCCUGGACCUCUUUCUCAAGAAGCGGCAGCUGAAUGUGCAGGCGGGCUGCCAAUUCUGCGACUCUGCCUUCCAGGCCGAGGUCGCCACCGGGCGGCUCAGCAGCAGCAGCCUGGACACGUACGCGUGCGUGGCGCUGGCGGGGGUGGCAACGGAGUGGCUGCGGUUUGGGCGGGCCGAGGGAGGCCUGGAGGAUGUGAGGCAGCUGGACCGCCUGCUGCAGGCGCUGCGAUUCACGCAGGCCAAGGCAGACUCCCAGGUCCGCUGGGCGGUGCUCAACGUCGUGACGCUGCUGCGGCGCCACGAGCGCGUGCACGACGCGUUGGCAGCGGCCAUGCAGCGUGGCGGCAGCGUGGGCGAGUGCAUCGGCGUGAUAGAGGGGGAGCUGGCGGGCUCCCAGGACAUCUGA